GUUACCAAGGUAAUGGGAUCAGCUGUACUUAUGUUGGAUUUUGCUCAGUCAAUAAUGGUGGCUGUCAUCCUCUCGCUACCUGUUCUGAGACAGGUGGGUUAGGUCCAGUCUGUAUAUGUCCCAGUGGCUAUGUUGGGUCAGGAGUGGGUGCUUAUGGGUGCCAGCAACAAUCUGUAGCUGGUGGGUGCGCAUCAAACCCAUGUCAGAAUGGGGCUGUGUGUGCACCUGUGGGAAGUACAGGUUUUUCCUGCACAUGCCGUCCAGGUUUUUCAGGCCCCACAUGCUCCACUACUGUCGAUGCCUGUUUGAGCAACCCCUGCCAGAAUGGUGGAACAUGCAUCUCCCAAACUCAAGCACCUGGCUACAGUUGUCAAUGUACUGCAGAUUUUACAGGGGCUAAUUGCCAGAAUGCACAGCUCGAAUGUGGAGGCUUUCUGCGUGGACAGUCUGGUUCUUUCCGGUAUCCAAGAACAGAAGGAGUUACUUACCCUCAUAGAAGGAGUUGUGCUUGGGUCAUAACAACCAGUCUAGAUAAGAUUAUCACAGCAACGUUCCCAGUUUUCUCUUUGGAAUACCACCCAGAGUGCAACUUUGACUUCCUGCAAAUACAUGAUGGAAGCUCUCCAUCAGCACACAUGAUCGGCAAAUACUGUGGCACUAACCCACCCAAUGGGGGUUCUCUCAAUAGUACCCACAACCAGUUGUAUUUCUGGUUCAAGUCUGAUGCAUCCAUAGCCCACAAUGGAUUUGAAGUUCACUGGACAUCUCACCCACCAACUUGCGGUGGCUAUCUGAAUGGCUCUGAUCAUGGUGCCAUCAACAGCCCUGGAUACCCCGGCAACUAUCCACACAACCGAGACUGUGGCUGGACUGUUGCUGUCUCUCCUGGGAAAAAUAUCCUCUUCUCCUUUGCUGCCCUGGGCCUGGAGCAGCACCCCAACUGUAGCUUCGAUUACUUGGAGAUCCGAGAUGGGGAGUCUAGCGAUGCCCAAUUAAUACAACGUUUCUGCAGCAGUGAGAGACCUGCCCCUGUCCAGACAACUGGCCCGUAUGCUUACGUCCAAUUCCACAGUGAUCACAGUAUGAGCGACAGGGGCUUCCAUAUAACGUACACAGCUCUCGAAGAAGGCAGACAAGGUUGUGGGGGUGUGCUGUCUGGGCCUGACGGUGAGGUCAAAUCCCCUGGGUUUCCAAACCCAUACCGACAUAAUAUCCAGUGUGUGUGGAUCAUCACGGUGGCACCUGGCAGCUCUGUCCAACUCUCGUUUUUGGAAUUUGACCUUCAGACAUCAAGCUCCUGCAGCCAAGAUUAUCUGACUAUCCGAGAUGGCUCUGACCAGAUGGCUCCCAUACUUAGCACAUUCUGUGGCACUGACCUCCCAACCGAGAUUACCAGUUCCAGCAACAUCCUCAGCCUUGAACUUCACACAGAUGAGAACAUUUCUGGACAAGGGUUCAGAGCUCAGUGGAUCACAG